AUGGUUUUUAGAAUGCGGUCACAUUCGCAUGACGGUGAUAAUGAUAAUAAUGAUGAUGAUGAUGAUGAUGAUAGUGGUGAUGAUAAUGAUAAUGAUGAUAAUGAUGAUGAUGAUGAUAGUGGUGAUGAUGAUGAUGGUGGUGGUGAUGAUGAUAGUGGUGAUGAUGAUGGUGGUGGUGAUGAUGAUAGUGGUGAUGAUGAUGGUGGUGAUGAUGAUGAUGAUGAUGAUACAGGCGUAGCUAUGAAUUAUGAAACGGCGAUAGUGGCGCGGUGCCAGAAUCCCGAGACUGGGGGUACAACUUGGGGACAGACUGACUUAAUGGGAGGGUCAAGUUUUGUCGAGAUUGAGAUUCAAAAUGCAGUAACUCUGUGGAAGCGAAUACGCGCAAGCGUCUGA